UAUUCCUUGUAAAUUGUAAAUUUGUAAUGUAUUGAGUAAAUGACAAUUGAUUUAUGAUUGUAUAUGUGGGGUAUGGGGAUUGGGGAAUCAGUUUCAAUCUGUAAUUAAAAUCUAAAAUAAAAAUUAACUUACAUAGAAUUACAGCGAUAGUUAAUACAAUACAACACAUUAGGUUUAAUUAUGUGGAGACGUUUGCACAAUUCAUUGCCCUAUUAUUUAUUAUUUACACAACAAAACAAUAUCGAUAUAACAAUAACAAAUAAUGUUAAGAUAUGGACUGUGCAAUUUGAUAAAGAAGGAUUUAUUUCUUAUUUAAAAGACAACAAUUUUGCUUUAGAAAUAGAAACUGAUGAAUUAUUUACAAAUGGAAUUCAAAUGUUAUCUCAACCUGAAUAUUUAAAAUCUGUUGAUGUGACAAUUGAGGGAGAUCAACUGAAACUUUCAAUGUCAAGAAACUUUGGUUAUCCAAUAAAACUAGUAUUAAAGCUAAAACUGGGAUCCCACGAUAAAUUUUACAAAAUCGUAACACAGCCAUUAAUGAAAACCGUUCAGGACUUAAGAAACAGCGAAACAGAGUUACGCAAUUUGUUAAAACGCAAAGAUAAAGAAAUUGAAGAAUACAAAAUGGAGGCUGGAGAAAUUUGCUUAAGAUACCUAAAAACACAACCAUUUAAUGAUGAAGCACAUAUGGAAAAGCACACUGUAUUUGACAUACAUUUUGGAUCUUCUGAUAUUUUAACAAACUCAGAAGAAGAAACUACAAGCAAUUCUGAAAUUACAGUGAAAGAAGAGAAAACUGAACACAUGAACAUAAAAACAGAGCCAGCUUCACAAGUAGUUCAAAUGGAAAUGCAAGUUGUUCCAGACGAAGUGAAGCCAAUUGUUAUAAAGAAGGAAUCAAAUAUAGCACCAAAAAAAAGAAAAUUCACAUUGAAUAUUUAGAGUUAAGUAUCAUAAUUAUUUUACACUAAGUUUAUUUAUUACAUGAAUAUUUCAUUCUGAAAAUGUAAGAAGAUGUAUCAUGAAAUAUCAAUGUCUGUAAGACUAUAUAUUUUAUUUAUUUAUUUAUAGCCGCAUCAAUGAACUCAUAUUUUUGUUUUAUUCAUGGUAAAUUACAUAUUUAAAUGUAAGUUUAGUAAAUUUUUAAAUGUUUUGAAGUAGCUGUUAAAUGUAUACCUGGUAUUUAUCAAUAAUAAUUUAUUAGAAAAUAAUGAUGAAAUGAUAUUUAUGUUACUCCUAGAAUAUUCUAAUGAAUAUCUUUUUAUGAAAAAUGUGACCGAGUUAUAUUAGUGGAAUUUAGAUGUAAGGGUAGAAUAGUGAAUAAUUAUAAAAAAUAAAGUCAUGAUUUGAU